AUGCCUAUUUGGAAACAGUGCUUUUGGGUCCUUUUUGUCACCUGGACGCUUGUGAGGUUGGUUCUUGAAGAUUGCAACCCGGUCCCAAAUCCGGGCACGUUUGCGAUGCACACUACAUCGAGGCCAUUGACAGGACAAAGCAGGCUGGAUCAAUUUUUCACCAGCCGGGGCAAACGUGAGGGUGAGGGUUGCCGUGGGUCCACCACCACGGCUGGAGCAGACCAUUGGCAGCAGAUCCUUCGAGAUUUACCUGCGAACAGUGGAUACCCGCCACCAGUGAGUGGAAACACUCGAAUUUUGCCAUCACCGGCCACCAGUGUCCACAAAAGGAGCUACAAACGAGCUUGCCGACGUGCAAUUCGAACAGGAUAUGCCCAUUAUCAUGGGAUGCAUCUACAGCUAUCGGAUUUUCCGAAGCGUUUGGUACACUCCCUGCAAGCAGCGGAGCCAGCACAGCAACAGUACAUCCCUCGAGCUGUGCAAGGCAACAGACAAUCCUCAAGGAUCCGAACCCUCUGUUGGAACGCUGGCGGAAUGUCCCAGGCCACCUUCCAUGAGGAGACGCACACAUGGUGCCAAUUGCGACAGCAUGUCAUAUCGACGGUGACAUCCACCCUGCAAGAGGCCACACCAGAGGAUUUCAUUGCCAGAAUUCAUGAUGAAGUUUCCACCGCAUUUCACACCCUUUUUCCGCAUAGGCCCAUCAGAUUUCCCUGUACAGACUUGUCUCAUUUUCACCAACAGACAGAGGACAAAUGGUUUCACCGCCGGAAACUCCGAGAGUUGCACGGCCACACCGGCUCCUUGCUCAGACGUAUGUUGCAGGCCUGGUUUCAUCGAAGUCGCUGUGCAGUGCUUCAACGACAGCAGCAACGACUUGCCAGACAGGCACAGCAAGAGCGUUUCAACCAAUUAUGCCAGGAGGUUGAUUUGGCAGCCCAACGACAUGACACUCACAGCAUGUUUGCCAUUAUCAACAAGUUUGCCCCCAAAAAGCCCCAAGCACGAGCACGUCUCAAGGGACCAGAUGGCAAAAUGGCAGAUCAAUAUCUUGCACACUCCUUAACGGUUGCUUUUGUGAAAGAAAUGUGGGCAGGUCCUGACAGAUUGCCGAUCUAUUCUGACCGCGCCCCUGGGAUUCCUUUUUCACUGGAUGCGUUGCAUAGAGCCAUUGCUGGCCUGAAUCCUCACAAAUCCGUGGCACAGCCUUUCCUGCCGGCCAUCAUUUGGAAAAGUGCCCCUGCCCAAGACGCAUCCGACGGCAGGGCCCUGACCAUUUCCUGCUUGUACAAAGACAACAUGGCCAGACAUCCGCACUGCCUCUGCGCAAGAAAGGCAGCUACCUUGGCGCAAUCAUCAGCUAUUCAGCCUUUGAAUUUCAGUCCUGGCAGCAUCGGAAACGCACAGCAUGGUUUGCAUUCAACCCAGCGGCUCCAUAGGCGUGCCAUUGACCUUCCACCCAGUGAUUUUUUGCACCAUAUAGAUUGGACAUCCCUCCACGGCACAUUGCAGCUGAUUGCAUGCAUCCGAGCAUCCGUCGUAGAGGUAACCAUCAGCCUGGACCCAUCCGACACGGUGCUGACACAGGUGUUAGGCAGUGUUGCCAAGGGAGCCCAAAUUUCCCAGAUCCAACAGUUCAAGAAAGAUUGUGAUCUGUUACGUCUUUUUGCAAUGGUUGCUGCAAAAGCAGAAGGUGCCGAUGAAGAAGGUGUGGAUGAGGGAGUUGAUGGCCAUUGGAAAGACUUGCAUCGACGCCGACAAGCCCAAGGCUUGAGGCGUCACAUCACUGAAGGUAGAUGUGAAUCCUUCAAUCCGGCUGCAACUCCACAUCCGAUUGACACUACCGAUCGCUGGGGACCAUGGUUACAGACAGGGAAUUUUGAUUCGAGUCAUUUCACUGCCAGCAUGCGCCUUCAGCUGACCACCGUCUGUCAAUUUUGUGGCCUGCAGUACUCUCGCACAGGCGAUUUGGUGGCCCAUCUCCUUCAAUCGCAUGGGGACUUAUGGACGAGCUCCCAACCCUGGCUGAGGUUUCUUCUCCAAGCGGUCAUGGCGAGACGUGGAUGCCUGUGCAAUCCCCAAUGCAAUGAGCUGGGAGUCACUCACGUUUGCACCUUGCUUCGACAGAUAGCCAUGAUGAUCCACAGCCAAGACACACAGAUCUUUGUUCCUACUCAGUUCUACCGUCCAGACUUGGAAGUGGCUCUGACGUUUCUGCAAGAUGAUGCCCUGCAACAGAAACUGCUCUGCACUCUGCUUGAGCGUGACUUUGAACAGCUCUGGCAGGAUGAGACGAUCUUACAAGGACUUCGAACCCGAUGCCUGAUCUGUGGCGGCCAUUAUUCCACGGCGAUCCUUCUGCAUCAUUUGUUGGUCCAGCAUCCACAGGCAUGUGCGUGGGCAGCUCAGUUCAUUUUCCAAUUGCAAUUGCAGUGCUCUUGCAUCCGCUGCAUGGACGCACUGAUGGACCCCAACGAUCAGGCUUUGAUGGACGGGCUUCAAGCUCUGGGACCGCUCCUUCUGGGGGCACGAAAACACUUGGAUGGAAACGACGAUCACCAGCCCAAGCGGCACAAAGCCGCCUCGCCCGCCGGCGCAUCAACAGACCCAGCCCAGACGGAGGCGGUGGCCACCAUGUUGCGUCUGAUGGCACAGCUGGUCCUGAGCCACGAACGCUCCAUCCAGCUGCAACUCCGCCAGGACUGCUUCGUUUUGUUCGCCCAAGACCGUCCGGAGGGCAUCAUCCCGCACCUGAAGACGUUGGCCCAGAGCUGGCGCGACCAGGCCCCGAAGCAUCAGGACGAUCUGAAGUGGCCCACACUGAGGACUCACUUGGUGGCCGGAGUGGUGGCAGAACUUCAUCGUCGAGUUCAACAACUGGCAGCUUCGAAGAAGGGCGAACCGCUGUGGGACCUAGCCGUGGAGAAAGGCACUCUUCUCCCGGACGGGAGCUGGGGCUUCCAACGAUGGUGCCACGACACGAAGCAGCUGAAGCGGGCCUCACGACCAGCACUCCCCAUGCCACAGAUGCUGAGGAAUCUUCAGUCGUUGGAGGACCUACUUCAGUCGAACAGUCAUGUCCAGAAGUUCCACAGCCUGAAGACGACCCAGACCACGGUUCCAUGGCUCCUCCAACUGUCGCACAGAGACUCCGACGCUUGGUAUCUCCUUCAGGAACUCUGCCAGAACACAGUGUGGCCGCGGGAAGGGGAAGAGCUCACAGAAGGCCCUCCACCGGAGCUGAACUUUCAGGGACGGCAACGCCUGAGAAAUCUUCUCUUAGAGCUCCAGCUGGACAACUCAGGCACUACUUGCUAUGCCAACAGCGCAUUCCUAGCAUACAUGUGGGCUUGUUUGUCAAGGCUAGCUGCAUGGCUUGCCCUCGAUGCCUUGUCCAACAGCUGGGAAAGACGCGUCAUCACUCCUGAAGCCACCAUGGUACAUGACCACGGGGACAACACCAUGCCAUUGACGUUGCAAUUAGACCCUGCUUUAAUUGCUGACGGAGAGAUCUCCCUGACUGCUCUUCUCAGGUCUUGGAGCGCAGAGCUGGGUAUGUGUGCUGGCCUCACCAACCCCCAGGACCUUCUGGUCAUCCAUGUCGAACGCAUGGUUCUGACUCCAACAGGUCAGUUGUACAAGCAUGAUGCCAAUAUCACUUUUGCUUGGGAGGUUCAGGUACCAACAUUGACGCAUGACACCGCCAUUCAACAUGUUUCCUAUACGAUCGUGGCAGUCACGGCACACCUGGGCAGUGACAAAAGUG